AUGUCAACUGGCAAACACGACUUUCUUGUUCAAGUCCCCAUCGACCCAUCCACCCUCCAAGUCUGGGCCUCAAAUCGCAAUGCACACAUGGCGCACUUGAAGCCAUAUAUCCUCGACGGGACCAUUGUAUUUGGAGGACCAACAAUUGCCGCCCAUCCCAAGAGUUCCGAGGACACAACAGAAGUGCGCAGCAGCGUAUUGUUAUUCCAAGCAAAUAGCGAGGAGGAGGUUCGGGGAAUCAUAGAGAAGAAUCCAUUCGUGGAUGCUGGAGUUUGGGAUAUGGAGAAGGUUGUCAUCGCGCCGUUCAUGUGCGGAGUCAGGACUGCUAUGUGA